UUUUUCUCUGUGUUUAAACGAAUAAAGUCACUUCCUGGUCAGCACUUUUAAAAGAAACCAUGCCAUUCAACCACAGAGCUCAUCUGUGAACACUUGCUGUCAGACAUAAGAGAGAAAAAUGGAAUUAGAGGACAUUUAUGAAAAUGUUGAAAACGAUGAUACUGAGGAUACAACUAAACCUCGAACACUGAAUCACAGCCAGGAUGAAGGAAAAGAUCAAAAGUGCAGAGGAAGCAGACGUUUGGUGUUGAUGACAGUGUGUCUCGGGAUCGUUUGUGCUCUUCUGCUGGUCUCCAUCAUAUCGCAGCACAUCUCCAACAGAGCAGAGAGAGAAUCUCUGUUCAAGAGUAACAAGAACACAGCUGAAGAGUUCAAUCAGACCAUCAACAGCUUACAGGACAAUUACACUGAACUAAUGACUGAAAAACACCAACUGAAGAACAACUUCAACUCUUUGAGUCAGAAAAAACUGGAGCUGGAGACCAGAGUCAAUGAUCUUAUGGCUGAGAAAAACCAGUUACAGAGAAACAUUGAUUCUUUGAGUCAGAAUAAACUAGAGUUAGAGAAUGAACUAAGGAAGUUAUCUGAGCAAGCAAUUGGCUGUCUUGUUGUGUCCAAUGAGGAGAAGAGCUGGUCUGACAGCAGGAAGUACUGCAGGGAUCGUGGUGGUGAUCUGGUCAUUAUCAAGAGUGAAAAGAAGCAGAGGUGCAUUUCUUCAUUCAUCAAAGAGAUGGUGUGGAUUGGUUUGUCUGACAUUGAGAAAGAAGGCAACAUGACAUGGGUGGAUAAUUCACCACUGAAACAAGGGUUUUGGGAAAAAAAUGAGCCGAAUGAUGCAGGUGGAAAGGAAGACUGUAUUGAACUGAAUCCUGGAAAAACUGUCCUGAACAACUGGAAUGACAUCCCAUGCUCAAAUAAGAGAAAAUGCGUUUGCGAGAUUUAGAAUUCAUUCUUUAAUUUUCACACUUUUUAAUAAUAAUUUGAUUCUAAAAAUACUUUUCACCUUAACAUUUUUAUUGUGAUUUCCAUUCUUGGUAAAUGUUCCUGUCAGCAAAGCUAAUAUCUUACAAUUGUUAUAACUGAUUUACUGGUUUCAAUUUUUAUGUAUCUUAUUUUUUAUAUAUAUA